CAUUGACGGGCCUAGUUAUUAUUGUGUGAUUUGUUAGAUUUUAGGCUAUGUCCGGUUCCCGGUCGGACCCGCCGGUUCGGUCCUGAAACACGGUCUAGCUCACAAAUUGUUUGGUUUCGGUGGUAGAAUAGCAGAGAGAGGGGAGGGUGCCGUUUGCAAUAGGGCGGGGGGAGGAAGGGUGCGACGUAUACACGGGGCGGUGGGUCCGGGACGAGGAAUCUCGACCGCUGUACGAGGAAUCCGACUGCCCCUAUCUUCUUCCUCAGCAAACAUGCGCCGCCCAUGGCCGCCCCGACAAAGAUUACCUCUACUGGAAAUGGAAACCCCAUGGCUGCUCCCUACCGAGGAGACUCAUUAAGCAGAGGCCAUUACUCUUCCAUGCUUUGCCUUCUUCAGAAAACCAUUCCCCACAAUGCCAAAUCCCUUGAACAAGUUGGGCAAAAAACUGUUUUUACAGCCAAGGAGUACAAUGCGACGAUAGAAUUCUAUUGGAUGCCAUUGCUUUUGGAGUCGAACGCAGACAAUCCGGGGAAGCAUAGAGUGGAUGAUAGAAUUGUAAGGGUGGGUUCAAUUCAUAAGCAUGCACAACAUUGGAAGGGUGUCCAUAUUUUGGUUCUCCACUCUUAUCUUUGGUGGUUCAAAGAUGAAUACUUCAAAAUUUUAAAAGGAGGAUCGUUUGAGGAUGAAGUAAAAGACGUAGAGGAAGUGCUCUCGAAAGACGCGUAUCGUAUGGGUUUGCAGAGCAUGUUGGAAUGGGUGAAGAAGAACGUCGAUCUGACCGAAACAAGAGUGUUUUUCACCGGCAUGUCGCCGACUCAUGGAAGGAGUGUUGAAUGGGGCGGGGAGCGGAAUGGCAGCUGUUACAACGAAACGAGCAUGGUACACGACCUAAAUUAUGAAGGGCCAAAGUCGUGGAAAAAGACGGAAAGAUGGACACACAUCUAUAUACAAGAAACAAUGGGGGCCUUUGAGUCAAGAACAACUUGCCAAUCCUGGGCAUUGUGGACAUCAGUAAUUGGAGCUUCUUUUGCUUACUCCACCGCAAAAACCCCUCUCAAACCCAGUCUUCGCCUCAUACAUGCAAGAAUGCAUGCUCAGGCAUUAACAUUGGCAGCGAUCUCCGGCGCGGCGGUCUACCACCAUUUCCAGAAUCGCGGCGGUGACAAUCCGACACGCAGCGGCGAUUGAUACUGUGCAUAUAUGUUACUUCCGUUUACAACAACUUUUAUUCCCUACUCUACAAAAAAAAGUCCCAAAUGUAACGAGCUGAACUGAGCUGA